AAUGUGAACAAGUCGGAGGAAGGAGAAUACGUUUAUCUGCGUUUAAAUUUCAUGACACCCGGUCAGGCGACAGGAAAAAAGGAAGAUAAUCCUUUCGAUGAUCCGAAUGCAAACUUUAUUAGGGCUUUCACCUAUCGAAGUACAGAUCCAUUACUAUCUGAGAUUUAUAAAAAAAUUAUUGAACUCAAAAAAGCAGCUGCCAAAAGGGAGACCGAAAGGAAGGAGAGGGAAGAUUUGAUAGCUCAAGAUAAGCUGGUUGAGAUGAGAGCAGGUCGGAGGCCUACACAGCGUUUAUCGGACGUGUUUGUACGACCCGGUCUAGAAGGCAAGCGUGUUCCUGGUGAACUCGAGAUUCACGAAAACGGAUUAAGGUAUCAUUCACACCGUACCACCCAAAAAUUAGAUAUUUUGUUUAGCAAUAUUAAACACUUGUUCUUCCAACCAUGUGACAAUGAGCUUAUUGUACUAUUGCAUAUACACCUUAAUAAUCCUAUCAUUCAUGGCAAGAAAAAGACCAAGGACAUACAGUUUUACCGUGAAGCGUCAGAUGUUCAAUUUGAUGAAACAGGCAAUCGAAAGCGGAAAUAUC